AUGGCAGGCUCCAACACGGGGCUUGACCAGCCCCUGCCCUGCACUGCCGGCAGUGCCCGGACCGCACAUUCGUCCACGUCCUGUUCCAAACUGUCGUGUCGUGUUGCCGUUCAAGCCCUGAGCAGACACAGGCAGAGCCAACAAGACGUCCCCAAGGACCCUGCCUCCUCCCUGCAGCGAGACUGUGCAAAGGAGGGGCUGGGGUGCUGGGAGAGGGUCCAGUCCAUCUGUAUCUCCCUUCUCAAGGUGCCCCUGAUGUUCGGCUUCCUGUACCUCUUUGUGUGCUCCCUGGACGUGCUCAGCUCUGCGUUCCAGCUGGCCGGAGGCAAGGUGGCCGGCGACAUCUUCAAAGACAACGCCAUCCUCUCCAACCCUGUGGCCGGGCUCGUGGUGGGCAUCUUGGUGACUGUCCUGGUGCAGAGCUCCUCCACCUCCACCUCCAUCAUCGUCAGCAUGGUCUCCUCAGGGCUGCUGGAGGUGCGCUCUGCCAUCCCCAUCAUCAUGGGCUCCAACAUCGGCACCUCCGUCACCAACACCAUCGUGGCCCUCAUGCAAGCCGGCGAUCGCAGUGAAUUCAAACGGGCCUUCGCGGGCGCCACGGUGCACGACUGCUUCAACUGGCUGUCAGUGCUGGUCCUGCUGCCGCUGGAGGUGGUGAGCGGGUACCUGCACCACGUCACGCGCCUGGUCGUGGCCACCUUCAACAUCCGCAGCGGGAAGGACGCCCCCGACCUGCUGAAGAUCAUCACGGAGCCCUUCACCAGGCUCAUCAUCCAGUUGGACAAGUCGGUGAUCACAGGUAUUGCCACGGGGGACACGGGGGACCGCAACCGGAGCCUCAUCCGCAUGUGGUGUGGGCAGGCACCCCCGCAGGUGACGUGGGAGCACGGGGUGCUGGUGAGGGCUGUGGUGAUGGGCAGGGUGCCUCCCUCCGCAGGCCUGGGGGUGAUCAGCAUAGAGCGCGCCUACCCGCUGACCCUCGGCUCCAACAUCGGCACCACCACCACCGCCAUCCUGGCCGCCCUGGCCAGCCCCAAGGAAAAGCUGGCCAGCUCCUUCCAGAUUGCCCUCUGCCACUUCUUCUUUAACAUCUCCGGCAUC